GCCCGGUGGAGUCGGGGGCCCGGGCGGGUACGCCCCGCCGCCUAGUGAGCGCCCGGGUGGCGCGGCCCGGGACCGAAACAGCCACGCCAGGCCCGAGGAGAACGGGGCGAAGGUAUCUGAGAUGCCGCUGCCCCAGAAGAAGCGCUGGGUGUCCAUGGCCAAGGGGCUGGUGCUGGGAGCGCUCUUCACCAGCCUCCUGCUGCUGCUGUACUCCUAUGCUGCCCCCCCACUGCACACUGGCCUGGCCUCCACCAGGACCCCAGAGGGCACAGCGCCCUGCGCCCCGGCGCCAGGUGAGCCCGAGGCACUGACCCCGGCCAACGGCUCUGCGGGAGGGUGCCAGCCUCAACGCGACAUCGUGUUCAUGAAGACGCACAAGACGGCCAGCAGCACGCUGCUCAACAUCCUGUUCCGCUUUGGCCAGAAGCACGGGCUCAAGUUCGCCUUCCCCAAUGGCCGCAACGACUUCGACUACCCGGCCUUCUUCGCUCGCAGCCUGGUGCAGGACUACCGGCCCGGGGCCUGCUUCAACAUCAUCUGCAACCACAUGCGCUUCCACUACGAGGAGGUGCGCGGUCUGGUGCCGCCCAACGCCACGUUCAUCACCGUGCUCCGCGACCCCGCCCGCCUCUUUGAGUCCUCCUUCCACUACUUCGGCUCGGUGGUGCCCUUCACGUGGAAGCUCUCGGGCCGUGACAAGCUGGCCGAGUUCCUGCAGGACCCAGACCGCUACUAUGACCCCAACGGCUACAACGCCCACUACCUCCGCAACCUGCUCUUCUUCGACCUGGGCUAUGACAGCGGCCUGGACCCCGGCAACCCGCAGGUGCAGGAGCACAUCCUGGAGGUGGAGCGCCGCUUCCACCUGGUGCUCCUGCAGGAGUACUUCGACGAGUCCCUGGUGCUGCUCAAGGACCUGCUGUGCUGGGAGCUGGAGGACGUGCUCUACUUCAAGCUCAACGCCCGCCGCGCCUCGGCCGUGCCGCGCCUCUCCGGGGAGCUGUACCGGCGCGCCACGGCCUGGAACGUGCUGGACGCCCGCCUCUACCGCCACUUCAACGCCAGCUUCUGGCGCAAGGUGGAGGCAUUCGGGCGGGAGCGCAUGGCCCGCGAGGUGGCCGCUCUGCGGCGCGCCAACGAGCGCAUGCGGCGCAUCUGCAUCGACGGGGGCCAAGCUGUGGACGCCGCCGCCAUCCAGGACUCGGCCAUGCAGCCCUGGCAGCCGCUGGGCGCCAAGUCCAUCCUCGGCUACAACCUCAAGAAGAGCAUCGGGCAGCGGCACGCGCAGCUCUGCCGCCGCAUGCUCACGCCUGAGAUCCAGUACCUGAUGGACCUUGGCGUCAACCUGUGGGUCACUAAGCUCUGGAAGCUCAUCCGGGACUUUCUGAGGUGGUGA